AUGGGGGCCUUCGCCAGAGAAAGCAGAAGCAUCAGACAGCAGCAGCAGCAGCAGCAACAGCAGCAGCAUUCUGCUGCUGCGGUGAACCCCUCCGCAGCAACUGCUGCUGACCAGAGGCAGCAGCAGCAGCAGCAGCAGCAGCAGCAGCAGCAGGAUGGGGGCCUUCGCCAGAGAAAGCAGAAGCAGAAGAAAUCAAAUGCUCUGGACCCCAGCGAGACUCAGCAGCAGCAGCAGCAGCAGAAGCAGCAGCAGCAGCAGCAGCAAGAGCAGCAAGCAGCGGAGCGCUCACGAGCAGCACCAAACGCUGCAGGACAAACCACAGCAGCAGCAGCAGCAGCAGCAGCAGCAGCAGCAGCAGAAGCAAAUGGCAGCCCCCAAACGCCAACAGCAAACCGCAGAAAGCCUAGAGAUGCUGCAGCGUCACCAACACGUGGAUCAGCAGCAGCAGCAGCAGCAGCAGCAGCAGCAGCAGCACAGCAGCAGCAGGAUGAUAGGGAUGCAAGCGAAGGAGACUCAUCUGACAGCGGAGACACAGAGAAGAGGCAGUCGCUGCAGCAGCAGCAGAAGCAGCAGCAGCAGCAACAGCAACAAAAGCAGAAUAAAAAACAACAGCAGCAGCAGCAGCGAGACAAGACAGCAGCAGCAGCAGCAGCAGCAGCAACAGCAGCAGACAAUGGUUCUGGCCGGCGCUAUCUAGUGGCACAGCAGCAGGAUGAUAGGGAUGCAAGCGAAGGAGACUCAUCUGACAGCGGAGAUACAGAGAAGAGGCAGUCGCUGCAGCAGCAGCAGAAGCAGCAGCAGCAGCAGCAGCAACAGCAACAAAAGCAGAAUAAAAAACAACAGCAGCAGCAGCAGCGAGACAAGCAGCUGCAGCAGCAGCAACAGCAGCAGCAGCAGCAGCAGCAGCGACAGCAGCAGAGGCAGCGCCCGCAGCCUCUCUCUGCCACCAGCGAUAGGCCUGCAGCAGCAAAGUCAGCAGCAGCAGCAGCAACACCAACACCAGCAGCAGCAGCAGCAGCAGCAACAACAGCAGCAGCAGCAGCAGCAGCAGCAACAGCAGCAGACAAUGGUUCUGGCCGGCGCUAUCUAGUGGAGAUGAGCGCUCGUGAUGUAGCAGCACUAGCAGAUGUUGCUGCUGCUGCUGCUGCUGUUGCUGCUGGUAAUCCCCCUCCUGCUGCAGUGACCCGAGCAGCAGCAGAUGCAGCAGCAGCUGUUGCUGAGCUAGCAGCAGUUGCUGCAGCAGAAGGAGCAGCAGCAGGAAAGGGCAGAAGGGCGAGUAUUGAGGACCCCACUACUAAUCCUGCUGCUGCUGCUGCUGCUGCAAGAGCAGCAGCAGCAGGUGCUGCUGCUGCUGCUGCUGCUGCUGCUGCUGACGAUGAUGAUUCGCAGACAGACGAAGAGUCAUCGACAGCAGCAGCAACAGCAGCAGCUUCAGCUACACCUGCUGCAGCAACGCCUCUUGUGCAAGACGAUGCAGCAGCAGCAGCAGCAGCAGCAGCCGCAACAACAGCAGCAGAAACAGCAGCAGGCGCAGCAGCAGAAGCAGCAGCAGCCGCAACAACAGCAGCAGCAGCAGCAACAGCAGCAGCAGCAGAGGCAGCAGCAACCUCAGCCGCAAAAGCAGCAGCAGGCUCAGCAGCAGAAGCAGCAGCAGCCACAGCAGCAGAAGCAGCAGCAGCAGCCGCAGCAGCAGAAGCAGCAGCAGCCUCAGCAGCCGAAGCAGCAGCAGCCGCAGCAGCCGAAGCAGCAGCAGCCGCAGCAGCCGAGGCAGCAGCAGCAGCAGCAGCCGAACCAGCCACCGCCACAGCAGAAGCAGCAACCACAGAAGCAGCAGCAAGAGCAGCAGCAGCAGCAGCAGCAGCAGCAGCAAGGAUCCCGCCGAUCGUCACCAAAAGCAGCAGAAAGCGGAAGCCCCAGAGCAGAGCCAGCAGCAGCAGCAGCAACACCAGCAGCAGCAGCAGCAACACCAGCAGCAGCACCAGCAUCGCAUGCUGCUAA